UCUGAUCUUGGCUGUAUGUCUUUCGUUACUGACACCAUUCGACGACUAUUGGACGGCUACGACAUUCGCCUUCGUCCGAGCUUCGGAGAAUCAGCUCUGAAGAUUGGCAUCGAGGUGAUUGUAGCAAGCUUUGACAGUAUUUCAGAAGUCAACAUGGACUACACUAUCACCAUGUACCUGAAUCAGUACUGGUCUGAUGACCGUCUCAAGUUCUCCGACGAACCCAACCACAGUAUGACGCUGACGGGCGACUUUACCGAUAGGAUCUGGGUUCCGGAUACAUUUCUAGCCAACGAUAAGAACUCAUAUUUACAUGACGUCACAGAGAAAAACAAAAUGAUUAGACUGUAUGGAAAUGGAUCUAUAGUGUAUGGCAUGAGAUUCACCACCACCCUGGCGUGCAUGAUGGACCUGCACAACUACCCACUGGACCAGCAGCGCUGUUCCGUGGAAAUUGAAAGCUAUGGUUACGCGGAAUCGGAUGUAGACCUCCACUGGCUGGAGCAGAAUUCCGUGUCAGGCGUGGAGCACGUGCAGCUGCCCCAGUUCUCUAUAGUGGACUAUAGCACAGUGGUCUGGGUGGAACGGUUACUCACAGGAAACUACAAACGUCUGUCACUGCACUUCAAGCUGCGGAGAAACAUCGGCUACUUCAUCUUCCAGACGUAUCUGCCGUCCAUUCUGAUCGUCAUGCUGUCGUGGGUCUCGUUCUGGAUCAACCACGAGGCAACUUCCGCCAGGGUCGCUUUAGGCAUAACGACGGUGUUGACGAUGACCACCAUCAACAACGGCGUGAGGUCGUCGCUGCCGCGCAUCUCGUACGUGAAGGCCAUCGACAUUUACCUCGUCAUGUGUUUCGUGUUCGUGUUCGCCGCCCUGCUCGAGUACGCAGCCGUGAACUACACGUACUGGGGAGCGCGCGCCAAGCGGAAAGCCAAACGGAUGAGAGAGCGCUCCUUCAGACAAAAGAACAACGAUACAGAAAACACGAAUAACUACGAUUCUAUGGAAAUGAAAGGUGUGCACAUGUCCCCGGUGCUGGGAAUCCGGAAUAACCAGAGUUUUAACCCGGAUAUCGAAUCGGGACAAGGCGAGACCUCCAAUCUACACUCGCCGCCAUCUUUACCGAGGACAUACGUGUCGCAUGGUUACCUACCCCACACCAUGAUACGCAGGAGAAACAGUGCAAGCCAGCCAAAACGAAAACGACUCUUUUCAAACUUUAAGCAAAAGGCUAAAACCAUAAGGGUUAGGUUUCCACGAGUGCAGGACGUGAACACGAUUGAUAAAUAUUCUCGACUCUUGUUCCCUCUCUUGUUCCUUCUCUUCAACGCCACCUACUGGGUUGUGUACUUACUAGCCCCAUACCAUGAAUCGCAGAAGAAUUAGUGGCAGCCAGUGAAAAACGAAAACGACUCUUUUCAUUCAAAGUUUGAGCAGAAAAAAAAAGAAAAAGAAGAGCUAAAACCAUAAAGGUUAGGUUUCCUCGAAUGCAGGACGUCAACAAGAUUGAUAGAUAUUCUCUACUCUUGGUCCCCCGCUUGUUUCGUCUCGUCUGUGUAUUGUUUUGGCUGGAAAUUUGUGAAGCAUUCGUUUUUUUGGUGUGUCAAAGAAAACAAAUUCCUCGCCGGAUCUCGA